AUGGUUCAUUCUGACUCGGAUAUCCAACUUAAUUGCAGCACAGGCAGUUUCAAGAGAUUUGAUUCAGUAGACAGAGAUUUUAGGAUUAGUCUCGCCACCACUAGCCUUACGGAUGAGUGGAACUCCCCUCCCGUUGACAGUUCCAUUCCUCCGCACCUUAGGCCUGCACCAGUGCCUACCUAUGAUUCGUUGAAUGCAUCUACGGGGGUUGAAGAACAAGUUGCGAAAAUUAAACAUACAGGAACUGACGAAACCAGCUACAUUGAGAAAACUUCUAUCUGUCCUAUACCUCGCCCCGUAUCCUCAGUAAACAUGGCCAGCUUAAUAUCACAAUCCUCAUUUCCCAUCUGUCUAACUCCCCCACCUAGUCCCUCUAUGUUCCAAUUCCGCCAAAGUAGUCCCUCGAUGCCUGAUCUUCCUGAAAGCAACUUGCUACCCACAGAAAUACCUCCUUCCAGUUCCUAUUCAGCACGAUUCAUACCUACGAGUCCUUCGAUAUCACAGUUUCCUCAACCUAGCCCUUCGAUGUCUCAGUUUCCACCAACGGAAGUGAACACGCAAUAUUCGAGCACACCACCUUUAAAGCUGUCAGGUGUAUAUAUCCAACAAGGACAGCAUAUAGGUUCUCUUGAUUUGCCACCAAUUCCAGUGGCCUGCGAGGAAACAGAAGUGGUGCCUGUGGCUCUAAAAAGAGCUAUAUCGUGUGAUAGCGUGUGUUCUGACACCUCAGUCGGACUGGGUGAUUUAGAAAUGUUGAAUAUUACUGGGUAUUUAUGUAUAGGCCUAGAAUACGACAGCGAAUGUUGGGAUUUAGUUGUUAACGUUCUUGAAGCAAAAGAGUUGCGUGGUAUUGUAAAAAAAGACGACAAUCUAGACACGUAUGUCAGAGUGACGCUGCUACCAGACAAAGAAGCAACCAUACAGACCAAAGUAUAUCGUAGUUCAGGAAGUCCUAGCUACAAAGAGAGGUUCCUGUUUUCUAUGAAUCCAAGGGAACAAUCACAAAGGAUACUGUCCUUUCACGUAUAUUCAACAGACUUUUUAUCGCAUACUUUAGUAGGAGAUGGGGAGAUUCGAUUGUCUGAUGUGAGUUUAAGACAACCCGUAACAACGUGGGUGACACUAACGGAUACGGGACAGAAAGGCACCGAGUGCGGAGAAUUGAUGUUUUCCUUAAGUUAUCUUCCGACAGCAGAGAGAUUAACUGUAGUAGUAGUCAAGACAAGGAACUUAAAAUUUUCCUGUGAUACUCCAGGAGAAGCAUUUGUUAAGGUCUACUUAAUGCAACAAAAUAAGAAAAUUAAUAAGAAAAAGACAUCAGUGAAAAGAGGAGAAAAAUGCCCAAUAUUCAAUGAAGCUAUGAUGUUUAGUGUGCCUGCACAUACUUUAUCGACAAUCCAAUUACGUCUUACAGUAGCAGAAACUACUCUGGACGAAUCUUCAAAGGCAAUAUCAAUAGGACACGUCAUAGUGGGUGCUCAAGCCAACGGUAGAUCGCUGAGUCACUGGAACCAAAUGUUGACUGCAUUAAGAAAGCCUGUUGCCAUGUGGCACUCUCUCAGAAAGCAUCAAUCUGAUGAUCAUGCCAAGCCAGAUACAUAA